UCAUUCGUUAGGUUGGAGUUGCCACUUUGAGUGUCCUGAAUUUGAUUCACAGUGAUCUUCUACUUCUUGUUUUCAUAAAAUAGCAAUGAGAAAAUGCCAAUCAAAAUUAGAAUGACGAAAUUGCUUGCACUCUACUUUGUUCUUCAUAACUUGCAAACGACAGGAGAGGCAAAAUAGCAAGAGUUGAUGCAUACAGAAUAUUAUAAUGAAGCAGCUAAAAGAGGCAGUGAAGGUCAUUAGCUCGGGUAGCUUCCUCUUUGCUUCCUACCUCACAGUGGUGGGAGAUGAGCGUUUCUAUGCCAACCAACUGAUGCCCCUGCUGCAAAGGCUAGUGGGGGCAGAGACGGCUCACGUGCUAGCCAUAAAAAUGAUUAGUCUGGGUUUAGUUCCUGUCAAUCGCUACCAGGACCCCGAGUCACUGGAAAUUAACGUCCUGGGCCUGAAGUUCAAAAACCCCGUCGGGAUCGCGGCAGGCUUUGAUAAGCACGGGGAAGCGGUGGACGGUUUGUACAAGAUCGGCUUUGGCUUUGUCGAAGUUGGGACCAUCACCCCGAAACCGCAAGAUGGCAACCCCAAACCGCGCGUGUUCCGACUGGCAGCAGACCGUGCCAUCAUCAACAGAUACGGUUUCAACAGUUGUGGUAUUCUCGAAGCACAGCAGAGGUUGAAGGCCCGGGAGGCAGCUCAACAGGAGCAAACAAAAGCCGGCUUUCCCCUGGGAAUUAACCUGGGUAAGAACAAGGAGUCCUGGGAUGCAAAGGCAGAUUACUUGGAGGGGAUGGCGGCGAUGGGCCCGCUGGCCGACUACCUUGUGGUCAAUGUCAGCAGUCCCAAUACGCCGGGUCUGCGUGACCUGCAGGGCAAAGCGGAGCUCCGACGGCUCUUGCAUACGGUAUUGAAAAAGCGGGAUGGCAUGCAGGGAAGACACAAGCCUCCCGUCCUGGUUAAGAUCGCGCCAGACCUCAGCGCUCAGGACAAACGGGACAUCGCUGAUGUUGUUACUGAGCUUGGCGUGGAUGGCUUAAUGGUAUCCAACACCACUGUGUCCCGGCCGGAAGCUCUACAAGAUCCUCAAAAGUCUGAGACUGGCGGGCUGAGUGGGCAGCCCCUCAAAGACAUGUCCACAAAUGUCGUUAGAGAAAUGUACAGACUCACCAAAGGGAAAGUGACAAUAGUCGGAAUUGGGGGCGUGGCCAGCGGACAGGACGCCAUGGAUAAAAUCCGUGCCGGUGCAUCAUUGGUUCAGCUUUACACAGCUUUGACCUACCAGGGCCCGCCCGUAGUCACCAAGAUAAAGCGGGAAUUGGAACAGCUUCUGAAGGAACAAGGAUUUAGCAGUGUUUCUGAGGCCGUCGGCGCAGAUCACAAGGGAUUAGAUGGAGCCACUCGCAAAGAAAGCUGAUGUCUCCGCCAUCUCUGCAGCAGUCGUUCCUCCAGCUGGGCAGAAGUUCAUCUUUUGUUACAGUGUAACAGCGAUUAGCAAAACGCUAAUACAAACAUACUCGCCACUACGGACGCCUCAGUUGAGCGUUCUCGUUGUGCAACAUGAAUGCUGCUGUGCUCCUCUUGUGAACAGCAUUGAUUUAUACUGUAUGUAUUUUAUCUUCUAUUUUUAUGAAAGAGGUUAACGGUUCACACGAGAACAUACACUGGUGCUCAGUUUGUGGUUGAAAACUUGGGGGAAAAGAGUCGCUCCAAUGAGAAGUUUAAUAAUACACACAAAAGCAAAGUAGUCAAAGAUGUGAUCAUCACCCCUCUUCAGAUGGUUUUCGCCAAGUUACUUUCAUUUUCUUACCACAUUGAACCAAGGUGACCCAAUGGCCUUUUGUAUUAAAUGUGCUAUGAAAAUAAAGCUGCAA